GUCUCUGCAGAAAAGAGCAAAUUGGAGGAUCAAAUCAGGCGCGCACGUCGCAAGAACAAGUGGCGGACUCCUCCGUCUUGGCUUUCGAGGUUUAUACAGCUUUCAGGAUACCUCUUGCUUGCAUGCGCCAUAUAUUUCUUCCUCAUAGGAUAUCCGCUGUGGCAUGGGGCCGUUUACAACUUCUGGUAUGCUUACAAAGACCAUCUGGAUGUCGACGCCGGCGUAGUAAUUUUUGUUGGACUCGCCUUUUUGUAUGCCAUCGCUCCUCUCGCCAUCGCAUUCGAGAAGCCACCGGCGAUAUCAGAUGAAUGGCUUCAGGCGAACAGGAAGAAAGCUCUUGACACAGCAGUCAUCAUUCCGUGCCACCGGUCCGCGGAUGUCAUCCAACAAACUCUUGAAUGCGCACUGAAAACUUUUCCCUCCGAAAACAUCUUUGUCCUUGCCAAUGGAAACAGCGAUGAGCCUCUGGACGACACAGGUGAGAUUUGUAAAAUGAUGGGUGUCCGGCAUAUUUGGGUCCCUAUAGGCUCAAAGAUCGCUGCGCAGUAUGUGGGCACAACAGCGGCGCAUCGCUUUCGGUACUGUCUACUAAUAGACGACGACGUUGCUCUGCCGGAUAUCUUUCCCGUGGUCACGGAGCGCAUCCAAACCGGAAAGCAGAGCGAUAUGCAUGGCCAUGCCAGAGUAAAAUGCAUUGGUUAUACACUAGAAGCGACUGAUGCGGACGGAGGUCGAGGUAAUCUUUGCCAGCAGGCGCAGAAUCUCGAAUACAAACUCGCUGGGCUCAAUCGAAGCUUCUUCGGAAAGCUGGGCAGCUCAUCAUUUCCACACGGUGCGAUCUGCCUUUGGGAAAGAUCUUUUCUUGAGCUGUGCUUUCAACGACAUCCUGGGUACCGCAUCUCGGAAGAUUGGUUCUUUGGUCUCAUGUGCAAGAAGCUUGGAGGUCGUAUCAAGUUCUGCUCGCAAGUUUUCGUGAAGACAGCAGUCCCAGCCCACCUUUUGCGGGGAGGGAAAUCAGAACGAUCAGGCUAUGGCGAGAUAACCGUCACAGCUCAGAGGCUGUGGAGAUGGAACUUCUUCCUCAUGACUCGCAUAUUCUACAACAAUUGGUACAUUUUGUUUGAUUGGCGAUUGCGGCACUAUGAGCUCUUCACCAAAAUCAGCAUGUUCGGCGAGAUGUACGAAACCUUGCUGCUAUUCUGCUUCCCGUUCAUCUUUCCAGUGGCCCUGGGAGUCAAUCCGGGCUUUACGAUUGGUCUUACGUUUGGGGUGACCUUGAUGUACAUGGUCAUUGUCGGCAUCUUUGCAGAGUUUCACCUCCGAGCUCGAAAUCAGAUGGUGGCGAGGAAAGUAGUGUACUUGUACUAUCCCGUUUUCAAACUCUACCUGCGCUUGGUCAAUGUGGUUUCCUGCUUCACGGCUCUUUUCAACUACGUCCGCUACUACAGCGUGCGGCAUCCAAAAGUUAUUGAUGACGAGCAGCUGCUCCAAUACAUGCUAAGUAUC